AUGGAGUGCUUGCGAAGUUGUUUUUCGAGUUGUUCCAGACGAAAGCAAGAGAACUGGAAGCAAAUAGAAGAAGAAGCAAAAAGCAUCGAAAAGUUGCCAUCAUGGCACUCGCCAGACGACAACGUCUGCAUGCUAGAAGCAUUCGAGUGGUAUGUGCCGCAUGACGGACGGCACUGGCAGCGCCUACAACAGGCUCUACCAGAGCUCAAAGAUAUUGGGAUUGAUAAUCUCCUUCUACCGCCAGGCUGCAAAGCCAUGAAUGCCUCUGGGAAUGGCUACGAUAUCUACGACUUGUACGACCUCGGCGAGUUUGAUCAGAAGGGGACUGUGGCAACUAAAUGGGGCACCAAGGAUGACUUGGAGAGGCUUGCACAGUCCGCCGAAGAGCUUGAGAUGGGGAUAUAUUGGGAUGCUGUGCUGAAUCACAAAGCUGGCGCCGAUCGAACGGAGAAAUGUCUGGCGGUCACGGUUGAUCCUAAAGACCGCAACAUCGACCUCACCAAACCACAAGAAAUCGAAGCAUGGGUAGGCUUUGAUUUUGCCGGCCGCGGUGAAGCAUACAGUAAAAUGAAAUACCACUGGCAGCAUUUCAACGGAACAGAUUACAAUAACGCCACCAAGAAGAACGCCAUCUACAAGAUCUUUGCUCCCGGGAAGGACUGGGCGAGAGAUGUGAGCUUCGAAAAUGGCAAUUAUGACUACCUCAUGUUUGCCAAUCUGGACUAUUCGCACCCGGAAGUGAGAGAGGAUGUGCUGAAUUGGAUUGAGUGGAUAGGCGGCCAAUUACCGCUUCGUGGGAUGAGACUUGAUGCAGUGAAGCAUUAUUCUUCAGAGUUCCAAAGCGUGCUGGUCGACCGUAUCAGACAGACCGUCGGUAGGGACUGGUUUAUCGUUAGUGAAUUUUGGUCUGGGAAUGUUGUCGAGUUGCAACAGUAUUUGAAACAAAUCAAUCGCAAAGUUCAUCUUUUUGAUGCACCGCUAUGCCAAAGGCUAUCGGCUAUAUCGCAGGCUCGAUGCGCCGACUUGCGUUUGAUAUUCGACCAGACGUUGGUCAAACAUGAGCCUGAGCAUGCAGUGACAUUUGUCAUGAACCACGACACACAACCAUCUCAAUCACUAGAGGCCCCAAUACCAUCCUCCUUCAAACCACUCGCCUACUCACUAAUCCUCCUACGCAAAGACGGCUAUCCAUGCGUAUUCUACGGCGAUCUAUACGGCAUUUCCAACGAACAACGCAAACACCCAUCCAACGCAGUUAACUCAGACUCCCACUACCAUCAAAUCCUGCCCAAGCUCAUUCUCGCUCGGAAACUAUACGCCUACGGCGAACAGCAAGACUACUUUACUCGCAGAAACUGCAUUGGGUUUGUGCGGUAUGGCAACGCGCGACAUCCCUGGGGCAUGGCGUGUGUGAUCAACAAUGGGCUGGCAGGGACCAAGUUGCGCAUGUUUGUCGGUAGGAAACAUGCCGGCGAGAAAUGGACUGAUGUGCUAGUAGAAAGCGAACGGGGGCCCAGCAGUCACAAGCAACGGAAGACAAAAGGGGGGAUGGUUCAUAUAAAUUCCAAAGGAUAUGCGGAUUUCUCGGUUGCGAGUAUGAGUGUGAGUGUUUGGGUGAAUGUAGAAGCCGGUGGGACGAGAAAAUUUGGGCGUCGUUUUAAUAGUGAUAUCUACUCUUACUAG